CUUUUGCUUCGAAACACCCGAAACUCGUGAACCCCGAAGUUCAUUGGGCAGAAUGUCAAGAACAGCAGCCAGUCAACACGACUUGGUGACGCUUCGUAGUUGUGCCUAGAGGAGAGAAUCUCUUGCACUUAAAAUGAGCCUAGUCUUACUCUGGCUAAAGGGUUCGUCAAAAUCUCUCUAGCAAAUAGCAUCGGCCAGCCUCGAUUCCCCCAGACGAUGAGCUAAAUAUCCAAGUGCGAUCCUAAGCUCCAUUGCCUCUAGCGUUAUUAACAUGAGGCUCCCAUUCAAACAACAGGGGUUUAAAAAGCCUUGAAAUUUGUCCUGAGAUAUAUAUAUUCUUUCGCCCACCGGCCCGAGAAAUGUGUAAUAUCUCAACUCAGAAGCACAAAUACUCUCGUUAGAACCAACUUCGUCGUCGCUCUUUUUUUUUAUAUAUUUUGCUUUCGAUACGCCAGCCACCCGGACCCUCUGCCGAUAUUUUGAUACCUCGAUAAGCCUCUACUCCCCAAAAAUGCAGAUCUCCUUGGUCCUGGUGUCCCUCGGCCUUCUUGGCCUGAGCCGCGCUGAGAAGAGCAUUGUGACAGAACUGGCCUUUCCUGGGCCAGUCGACCCACAGCCGAUAGUGGCUUCUGUGGUCAAAGCGGACCCCACCGCAACGGUAUAUGCCCUUGAAUGUGCCCCAGGGACUGACGACACCGAAUGCGGCGUGCCUGGCGUGAGUUACACUACAUCACCCCCAAACAAGGUAGCAAUGGGCUUCCAAGGGUAUGGCGAAGAUGGCCCCGCGAGCCACUAUCUCGAAUGCACCAUCCAAGGUCCCUCGGCCGACUGCACGAAAGUGUUGAUGGUGUCUGAAACAGGCAAAGGCUUCUCCACCUCGUACGCAGAAUCUACCCAAAUCCCCACCUCUGGAUUUAUCACGCCCUGGAAAGUCACAAUUACAGCCGGCCUGGAGAAGCUGGAAGGAGCUACGGCGGCUCCGGCUCCCUCUAGCGGUGCGAGCGUUACGCCGACUGGAAGUGGUACAGAGGCUCCACCGACUGGGACCAAUGCUCCCACCACUGACAGCAGCACCGGUUUGGCAAUGCCUCUAGCCACUGCUGCUGCCAACUGGGGCGCUAUUGGUGGUGUGGCCAUGGCGGUUGCAGCUCUUGUUGUGUGAGCGGAAGUUCGCAUAAUGGGAAGUGGCAGUUGGUGUACAUAUACCCUAGCGGCCUGAUUUAUGUAUGGUAAAGGUCCGUCGCAUGUCCUCUUUCAUGUAUACAGUGCAGAUAUUUGUGGCUAUAUAAUAUAAUGGAUAACUUCACAAUGAAAUAUUGGGUUGAUCUAUAUUUAAUCAGCAAAGUCAAGAAUAUCCAUGGGUAUGUAUCCUAAUAUUCUAAGGUUAGCCACGAGACUCUCUCACAUUCCCCCGCAAUAUUUCCCUAGCAUAUCGCUUCGGGCAGGUGCGUAAUGAUCUAGCUUGAAGUAACCAUGUUUUUGUUGCCUACCUAAUAAUAAAUUUAGAAGUCCAGAAGGCUCGGAUCAAUGUGAACAAUGCCAGGCGACAGGAGCUAGCGAAUGAUGGGCGAGAAGCCCAUGGAAAGUGAAGGGGGUAGCGUGGCAUGGGGCAGUGUGUUCUGGGUGACUGCGGAAGGACUGAUGGCUGCAGUCAUAUAGAAUAUCGCCCAUCGUAGGAGUGCUGUUGGGUUCAAAUGCCAACAGCGCCCAUACUGUUGACCCUCAAGAACGUGCUUAAAUAUUCACCACGACGGAUAUAUUAGGAGCGGAGAGUAAUCGAAAGGAUUUCGAACCGGUCUACUCUCCGGUUAGGUAGUAUAGGUCAAUAAACGACUGCACCAAAAGGAUCAGUCCUGUGGUGGGGGGUAGGUACCAGCUGAAGGUAUCUGAUAUGCUUGUCGGUUUAACAGGUAGUUUGACAAAUCCCCUCGGAAUUUUGGAAGUUAGAAUUAUAGUGGAGGCAAAAUAGAAACUAGAUCAAAUAUCAACUCAACUUUAAGCUGGA